CAUUCAUCGGCUCGAGGUGUUGCAGAUGGGAUAGAGCUUGAGAAGAGUUCUUGUGUGUCACUAACUGGCCAGAUGGGGACGUCACAGCACUGAGUCUGUGUGCUGAGAGAGGUGGGGAUGGGAAAGACUUGCAGCCAGCGAGCACACAAACAGGAGGUUGCAACCAAGAAUCUGGAGCCUUUGGAAGGUAUAAUUAUAUAUACCAAACAACAGAAUAACAGUCUCUGCACAAAGGCACAAAGCCCUGCAGAAGUUGGAAGCUAAUCCAUGGACAGUGCAGAAUGGCUAGGAGAUCAGAAGGAAGUUCUGACUGAGGAAAAGAGAGCUGAGACAUGCAAGGUGGAGACCCCAGUUCCCACUGGCCCUUCAGAGUUGGAGGUGGCCCAGUGUGAGGCAGAGAUGGGCACUUUGCUGAAGGUCAUUGCAGAGCUAAACGGGAGGAUGAACGCCUUGCAAACUACCAGGGACUCAGUUGACAGUGCCACCUUGGGGCAGGAGGAGAGCAACAUUCCCACUCCAGGGUCUCUGCCCAAUCCAUCCUCACAGGGCAUUCCUGAGGAAAUGGAUUUACCCACACCUUCUGAGACUUCUGGAACUGAGAAUGAGGACAGUGCUCAGCUGUGGAUGGAACUGCAGGGGGCUCUGGCUGCUCUAGAAGGUUCAGUGAUUGAAGGAAGGACCUGGGCUGCCCCACUCACUGCCUGCAAUGAGGAAAAACACACCCAGCACCUGACUGCUGCUACAGAGAGCUGGGUCAAGGCCACACAGGUUCUGGAAGAGCUGGAGAGAGAGUUUGGAAUCUCGUAUCCCUCAGAACUCCCUGCUGAGGAGAAGCAGAAAUAUCAGCACAACGUCCUGUCUUUACACAAACACAACUGCACCCUCCGUGCUACCUUGCAGUGCCGGGAGAAUGAGCUAUGCAGGUCAAAGGUCACACUGAACAGCUUGAAGGAAGAAAGAAACAAACUGCAGUUAAAGCUGCUUAGCCUUCAGAAGCACAUGCAUGCUGGGGGCAGCCCCUCCCCUCCGACCAGCCCUUCCAGUUCCUCAAGCGGAGCCAUGAGUCCUUGCUGGGCAUCCCCCCCUUUCCCUGGAUCCCCCUUGCUCCUAAGAAGGCCAACCGCUGCAUUUCCAGCAUUCGCCACAGGGGGCGACAGCACACUGCCCUUCUCUUCCUCUCUCGGCCCCCCAGUCUCCGGUAGCCCCAGCUCAAGUGUGUCGGGCGGCUUGGAGACAGAGACCGACCGUCUCCAGAGGUGUAUAGAGAGGCUGAAAGCAAGGAAUGAGCGCCUGUCUGCUGCCCUGGAGAGGAGGAAGGGGGAGUCAGAGCAAAUCAGCAUGACUCUCAGCAGACACGAGGCUAACAGCACAGCCCUGCAAAUGGCUCUGAAAUACAGUGAGGAGUGUGAAGAGGCCUACAAUGCGCUCCUAUGUCUGUAUGAUAGCAGGAAACAACAGGGCAUGCCAGAGCCCAGGGAGGCAACAGAGACUGUAAAAGAAAGCCCGCUGCCGAGGGAUUUAAAACCAGAAACCACAAGUCCAGAGACUGGGGAAUCUUUGCCCACUCUUUCACCACCAGGGGGUGCUAAGGAGGCUGUUGAGCACCAACCCAGCAGGGGAACUCCAUCAACCUUAGAGGGGCAGGAAAAGGUCAUUCGAGAGAAAAUCAUGAAACUGAAGCAGGACAGGGCAGCAGUGUGUGUCCCAGCACGGGAGCCCGAUGGAGAGCGGAAACCCAGCCCAGACACAGGCACUCUUCUUGGGUCCAGGAGUCAGGAAACCACCAGGCCUCACAGCAUUAAGAGGGAGAAGGCCGCUCUGCUGUACGAGCUGGUUACUGUCAGGGAGGAGAUGUCAGAGCUGCGGGGGACCAUCAGGCUGACGGAGAAAGAGAGGCGGUGCCUGGACUGGACGCUGACCACACAGAGGGCCCAGGAUGUGGCUGGGGCUCUGAUAGCUCACUGUCUGAGGGAGGAGCUGGAGGACAGACAAGCAGACAGGCAGAGGUUAGCUGAGAGGGGAGCAACACUGGACUCCAGCAGGGGCAUCCCCGGUCCCCGAAAUCGCACCCUCCUACGAGAGCUCCAAGCAGCCCUGCAGCGGGAGCAGGUGUUGAAGAGAAGAGUGACAGCUGUGCGGGAAUCACUUGACACUGCUCUCACAGACAGUGCCACUAGGAGGAGGUACAGCGAAGAAGAGAGGGCACAGCUUGUUCUUGCUCAUAGCAAAGCUGCUGAGACAUAUCGGAGUGCACGCAGGAAGUACCGUGAGCAGCUGUGGAGGCUUGAGCGGCAGGUGACAGCCAUGUCAGAACGUCACAUGACCCAGAUCACCGGCCUGAAGGCCACGCUUGAGGCCCUGGAAUGGAAGAGGGAAGAGACGGUACUGUGAUGGUUGCUCUGCACCCCCUCCCUCCCUCCCUCUCUUUCUCUCUCUCUCUCUCAGUACAGAUCUGUGGAUGGACAGAAAGAAACAUUAAAAAAGAAAAACCAUUAAAAACUGUUCAUAUUCUCCAACUGAAAUGAGUGAAAGUGCCAGAGCGUAGUGAAAACUUUAUUUUCACUAUUGUUUUCUACCCAUUAGCAAACAGGCCAGUUCCAAUGAUUGACUUUUGUGUAACAGAAGCUCACGUGAAUCGUGUAUUGCUGGAAUAUUGUGCAUGAAAACAACUGCAAUGCAUUAAAUUUUUAUGCAACACAAAAA